AUGCCGCUGCAGUCCUUCUCUACUACCGCGAGGGCGAGGCAGAGACCCAGGCUGCCGGCAUUGGAUGGGCCCCUCUCAGCCAGGGAGGCGCGGCGAAGUGGGCGUGACACCUCGAGGCUGAGAGACACAACUGCGAGGGCUCCUACCUUGGACGCAGAUGCUACGGGUGGUCUGGAAGCAGGGUAUCCGGCCUUACCGCCAGCGCUCGGGGCGGCCCUGGGAGAUCCAGUGUCACUCCUGGCUUUGGAGGACUGGCACAAGACACACUCCGGCCUGCCGGAGGAGCAGCAAGGCUAUGAGUCCAAGCUUUUGGCGUGCGAGGCUCGCUUCCGCAAGAUUGAACGGCUCUCCGCACGGCUCACCUUGCCCAACAGCGUUGUCACAGCCGUUGCUGCGGACUUGCUGCGAGAUGUGGUGGACACGCUGCCCGGCCCCAUCCAGAAGAUGGCCGGGAGCAUUCUGCGACAGGUGGAAAAGUCGAUCUACAGCGAUGAGCCCACCAGCCCGGCGGAGAGAAAACAGUUGGCCGAAGUGCUCGGGGGCGGCCCCGGGGGUGGCCGGCCUGGGCGCGAGGACCUCAGCGAGCGGCAACCCUGGUUUGCCGUCGUCCGGCGGCAGCAGGUGGCCUUGGAGCGUAUGGAGGAGCAUGUCGCCGACAUGCAACAAGUCGUCGAUCUCCACCUGGCGAGGAGGAAGAGCGUGCUUGACUUUAUUGUGCGGUUGCAGGGUCAGGAGCGGCUGAUCCUUCAGCAGUGGCUCUUCAACUUCUGGGUCUUCACAUACCGGGAACGAAAGGCCCGCAUGGAGAAGAUGUCCACUUCCGUGUUGGCAGUGCCGGACGACCUGGUCACUCCCUUCCUGAGCUGGCGACUCUACUUAUCGCAGCAACGCCUGGUGCGGGCGCGUGCCAAGUGUGCCGAGGUGGACAAGGAGGCCUCGCAGCUGGCAAACAAAAUCACCGAGGUCGAGGUGGAAAACCACGAGCAGCAACGGUUGCUGGAGGAAUCCUUGGCGGCCGGUGCUGAGCUCAAAGAGAAGUGCAUGGUCGAGCAGCAGGAGCUCUCCCGGCUCAAGCAGGUCUGGGCAGACACGCAGCCAGAAUUGCUGCUGAAAGUCCUGGCCCAGACCUUGGAGGUUUUCUUCGGCCUGGUGGUGCGACAAGCGGGCUUGAAGAGCCUGGAGGUUCGCCAUCGGUUGGCCAGGAAGGACAUCCGGCCCUUGCUCGACGAGGAGGAUGCGAGCGUCCCGGACACGGAGGCCAUCCUGAUCAGGUGGAUUAACCUCAGUUUGGACAAGGCGCGGCGAUACUGCGAAGACUGGCUCGACAAUCUCGCGCAUGUAGAGAACCAAGACGGAGUCAUCAUGAUUGCGCAGCAGGAGGACAUCGAUAAUCUUGAGCACGACUUGUCGGAUGGGGUUGCACUCACUGCGCUCUAUGCGAUGAUCAAGGCAGAGCGCGACCAGAGGAAAUUCUCUGAAAAGGACUUGAUGGCUCUGUCUGAACCGGACAAAGAACUGCGGACUAUCCAGCUCUGCCACUGCUUCAUGGAGGUAGCUCCGACAGAAAGGGCGAAAUGCCUGCUGGUCCCUCAUGAGAUAAUGCAAGGCUCCUCGGACAAGCUUCAGACUUUCUUGGCCGCGAUAUUUGUGGAUUUUCCGAUGCUUCAGGACGCGUUUGUCUCCGGCAGUGCUGCUGAGGCUCUGUACGAAAGGCUCUGCAAAGUUCUGGACUACAUGGAGGCCUUUGCUGGGCGCGCUGGCUAUGAGCCACUGGCGGACCCCACGCCUUUGCUCCAUGCCGGCGAGGAGACUCAGGCCCUGGCGACCAUUUCUGUUGAGCAGAUCCUUCUGAGGUGGAUAAACGCGCAGCUGAGUAUGGAAAAUCCUCAGCACAGGCCCGUCGAAAACUUCGGCUCGGAUUUGCAGGAUGGCAUUGCCUUGUCCAAGCUUCUGACCAUCAUCGCACCGGAAGCCUGUCCGGUACUCUUCUCGGAGAACCGGGAGGAGCGCCUCGACCAGGUCAUUGCCGCGGCCACUAGGUGUGGAGACGGCACCGAGGUUUUGACGGUGAAUGCCGUGGUGGAGGGGCAAUCGGACAUGCUCGCAUGCUUCGUUGCAGCUUUGCUGCUGGUCCGCCCGAACCUGUCAGCGCUGCCUGACUCGCUCUUGGCGAUGCAUCUCAUGAAGCUUGAAGAAGUCUGUGGUGAAGGCUUUGCAGCAGUGUCGAUCGACAAUCCCUCGGAGACCAUGAAGUUUUGCUUGGAGUUGGACGGUUGUUGGCAGGAGUUCCGGCUUGCGGCGCAGGCGGUGCAAGAGGCCUCCAAGACAAUGUCGAGUAUCUUGGAGCGUGUGCAUGCGUUCUUGGGCGAGACCCUUUCACACAGAGCUCGAGGCCAGCCGAAGACCAUGUUGGAUGCGAAGGAAUUGAGGGAGUUCCACCUUUACACGCAGGUCAAUGCCGACCGGCUCUCGCAAACGCUGGGCAAAGAGGCUGGCAAGGAGGCCGGGAAGGAGGAGAAGCUGGAGCCGGCGGUCUUUGCGAAGCUGGAGGAGCAGCUCCGAAGGCACUUCCGGCUGCUUCGGGACAUUUACAAGCACUACAGCAGCUCGAGCCCCUCGGGGGCCCACGGUGUGGCCCUGGAAGGCUUGCUGAAACUCUUCCAGGAGUGCAAGCUCCGGUCCAAAGAGCUCGCUCCUCACCACCUGGAGGUGAUUUUUAAUGAUCACCUCGAAGACAAGAGCAAGACUGGGGAAGACCGCCUCCUGGCCUCGCAUGAAUUUGUGGAGGUGCUGGUCCAAUGUGCGAACAAGAAGUUCCGCAGUGCUUGUGCUUCUCCAGACAACUUGUCGGAGCAGCUGCUGCUCCUCAUUGACCUUCACCUCCGCCCCAAUGCUUGCAAUGAUGCCGAAAGCAUGUUCCAGAAGAUGGCCUACAGCCCGGAGGUGCGCCAAGUUCUUGACCAACAUUCACGAGAGCUGAAGGAUAUUUUCCAGCUCUAUGCCACCCUGGACAUGUCGACGACUGAUGCCAUGCAACGUGCCAGCACGAUGAACAUUACUGAAUUCCAGAUGUUGCUGGAUGACACAGGCUUCCUGGAUGAGGCGCUGACGGAGGUCGCAGUGCAGCAGAUUUUCCAAGGCAUCCAGCAAGAUGCAACGGCUGCUGACGACGAGGAAAAUGCCGGGGAGCCUGAAGACGGGGCAGGCCUGGACGACGACGACGAGAUGUCGUUCUCGGAGUUCUUAGACGGUCUUGUUGCAGUCGCUGCAUACAAGUAUCCGGAUCCGUUUAUUCCACUCAGCUCGCGCAUAAACACGUUCUUGCUGCAGCUCUUCGUUGCUUUGCGGAAGCAUUGGAGUCGAAAGCGUGGUGCGCCACAAGUCGAUGCAAUGCUGAAUGCAUUGCAGAAGAAGAUGAGGACGUUUCACUUGAGGGGCCGGCGCUACCAGGUUCUUCCGCAAGGCCCCCUGAAGAACUUGACAGACCAAGAUCCACCGGAGGCUCGGCGCGAGCUUAUGCGGUCUGUACGCACUCCCGCAUCGAUCCGACUGCGACCGGAUCCUGUGGACUGUGGCGAGGAUGGCAUCGUGGCGGUGAACCUGGCGCGCCCGUUCGAUCUCGCCAGCUCUGGACGAACAGUGCUGCGGGCCAGGCAGCGGGCUGCCUACCAAGCUGCCGUGUCCAGGGUGCUCAGCGAUCGGGGCGGCUCGGAUCUUCGAGCACAGGUGACCCACUUCAUCGGCGGACCUUGCGAGGAGGAAAAGGUCGCCUGCUGCGUCGUUGCGUCGUCGUCUGGCUACAGCAUCGUCCAGGAUGAUGCUUGUCUGCUGGCCGGCUUGUCGGUUGCAGAGGAGCUGGCAUCAACGGGAGGCGCGGCUGCAGAAGGUGCGGCUGCAGCUCUGCGGCUGUCUGCGAUUGAAGCUGGAGCAGGAAUAUCCUCAAUUUCGACCAUCGACACGGAUGAGGGAAAAGAGGAUGCAUCCUCCGGAGUGACGAAACGUCGGCGGAUUGAGCUUGAGGACGGAAGCCCAAGCUCGACUCCGGCACACGAUCCGUCUGUGCGCGUUUUCGUCUACUGGGGCUAUGCUGGCUGGAGCCGAUGCCAGCUCAUGGGCGAGAUUGCGCGAGGCAGCUGGGGCUUGUGCAAGGCCAACACCCAAGACGUCGUGUCCAAAAGCCCAGACGAGGUCUGGCAUGCGGUGUAUCCUCGGUUGGUCUUUGCACCGAGAAGCGAAAUGAGCGAAUCUUAUGGAGGAGAAUCACCAGAAGAGGAGGAGCGGCGCCAACAGCU